AUGGCUGAACAAGAACAAGAGAGCGCCCGAGUUAGAGCUGAGCUAGACGAAAUCAAAGGAGGCAUGUCCCAGAUGCGAGAGAUGCUGCAAGCUUUAACCUUCAGGUUUGAGGUUCCACAAGCGACCGUUAUUUCAGAGAUCACGGGCCCAACAGUAGAAGUCCCACCUCAGAGGAAGUUACCCUCAACCCUUCCUCCGUAUGGGCUACCUUAUGACUUCGUCCCCCGAGCGGAGGUGGUGCACGAAAUGGGGCAAUCUGUCCAACAAGCUGUGCCAUUACCAGUUUACACCGACGCACGUCCAGUCAUUCAUAUUGUGGUUCCACCAGCCGCCUAUGCUAGGCAUGUUCCUCAUUAUGAAGAUCAAAACCACAUAUAUCAGACUGUCGACUCAACUGUUGCUGGUGACGAAGUGAGAUUCGAGGAUUUCAGGGAGGUAAAGGAGAACAUGCAGCUCCUAGAGAAAAAGUUCCGAGAUCUAGAAGGAGACCACGUCUUUGGAUCUGCUGCCAAAGAAAUGUGCCUUGUAUCCGGGUUGGUGAUUCCAGCAAAAUUCAAAACUCCGGACUUCGACAAAUACAAGGGGCAUACUUGUCCAAAAAGCCAUCUCAUCAUGUAUUACCGCAAAAUGGCUACACACGUGGAGGAUGACAAGCUGAUGAUCCAUUGCUUUCAGGAUAGCUUGAGUGGGGCCCCUUCCAAGUGGUAUUUGAGUCUGGAUCAGAACAGGAUCAGGUGUUUCCAAGACCUGUCAGACGCAUUCAUAAAACAUUACAAGUAUAAUAUGGACAUGGCGCCUGACAGAAGACAGUUACAGAGCAUGUUUCAGCAUGAUAAGGAGUCCUUCAAAGAGUACGCUCAGAGAUGGAGGGAACUGGCUUCCCAGGUUGAACCACCUCUUGCUGAAAAAGAAUUGGCUGAAUUGUUUAUCGACACUGUCCAACCCCAAUUCUACGAGAAGAUGGUUGGAAGUGCUUCUUUGGGAUUCUCCGAGCUGGUUACUAUAGGAUCUCGCGUGGAAUAUGGUGUAAGGAAUGGCAAACUAGCGGCUGUAGCUGGAACUUCAAGUGCUAAUCCGAAGAAGUUCUCUGGAGGGUUUCCUAGGAAGAAGGAAGGGGAAACAAAUGCUGUGAUUACUGGUCAAGGAAGAUAUGCUCCGCAACUAUACGUGGCUGCCGUGACGCCUGCAUUCAAUCAACAGCCUGCUCAGGCUUAUCAAGCGCCUCCAGCUUAUCGACCAGCUCCAGUUCAACAACGUGCUGCGGCUCCGCCAGAUUAUCAACAAGCACCAGCAACUCCUGUUUAUCAACAACCGAGAGCUCAAGCGCCGAGGCAGAAUGCUCAGAACCAAAAUAGGAGACAAGGGGAUAGGGCGACCUUCAAUCCAAUCCCAAUGUCCUACACUGAGUUUUAUCCCUCCUUGUUGCAAAAGGGGUUGGUGGUUCCCAGGCCUAUGGGACCUCCCCCUACUCGUCUGCCUCCAUGGUACAACCCUAAUGCACACUGUCCUUUUCAUGAAGGUGCCCCCGGGCAUGACCUAGAGGGUUGCUACGCUCUAAAGCAUAGGGUUCGGGAAUUGAUUGAGAGCAAGAUCUUGUCUUUUAAGGACAUGGGGCCGAAUGUGAAGAAUAAUCCUCUUCCUCCCCAUGGAGAUCCCGCGGUAAAUGCCAUUGAAGAUGCCUCUGCUGGUGUUACGGUUGAUAAGGUGGAUGAUGUGAAGGCUCCUUUGGUGGAAUUCCAUGCCCGAUUGGUGGAAGCUGGCCUGAUUAAUGUAAAUCAUGAAAAUUGUGAAGAGUGUGCCACACAUCCAAAAGGGUGUCAGAUGGUGCGAGACAAUAUUCAAGGCUUGAUGGAUGAAGGAAUGCUUCAAAUAUCCAGUGCUGUGAAGAACGAAGAUGUGUUGGUGAUUGAACCUUGUUUCAAUUUACCUGAACCAGUCGAAAUCCCAUAUUAUAGUGGUGGAGUGGUCCCGGUGAACAGUAAGCCAUCGCCUGUCGAGAUAUGUAUGCCCACGCCUUUUCCCUACGAGAGCACCAAGGCUGUGCCUUGGAAAUAUGAGAUUACUGCUGUGGAUAAGGUUGUUGAAGGAAGUUCAGACGCUGAGGUGACAGAAGCUGUAAGUGAAGACGUCACAAAUAUUGCAGGAAUGAGCAGAAUGACCCGUAGUGGUCGAAUCUAUACGCCUGAAUUCAAUGUGACUCCUCAAGGGCCAAAUAUGGAAUCAACGGUUGCAGCUCCCACUAAAGAACCCGAAGUGGUCCAAUCCGAAGAUGCUGUUGAAUUCUUGAAGUUGAUCAAGAAAAGUGACUACAAGGUUGUGGACCAGUUGCAUCAAACACCAUCUAAGAUCUCUAUUCUGUCUCUUCUAUUGAACUCCCAAGCCCAUAGGGAAGCUUUGUUGAAGGUGCUUGCUCAAGCUCAUGUAACACAAAGCAUAACAGUAGACCAAUUUGAUGGAGUAGUUGCAAAUAUCACAGCCUGCAAUACUUUGAGCUUCAGUGGAGAAGAAUUACUUGAGGAUGGACAAAAUCAUAACUGUGCUCUCCAUAUCUCGGUGAAAUGCAAAGAUGAUGCUUUGGCGAGAGUGUUGGUUGAUACUGGAUCUUCGCUGAAUGUUAUGCCAAAGAGAACACUCGCCAAAUUAUCUUAUCAAGGACCAGCUAUGAAGCCUAGUGCCUUGGUAGUGAAAGCUUUUGAUGGGGCAGUUACCUCCAUCUUACACCAAAAGAUGAAGUUUGUGGUGGACAAUCAACUGAUCAUCAUUUCUGGAGAAGAAGACUUUGUGGUCAGUCACCUUUCAUCCUUCAGAUAUAUCGAGGCUGAUGAGGACGCUUUGGAAACUUCUUUCCAAGCUCUUGAAAUAGCCAAUGCCACUUUUGUGGAAAUGAAGGGCCCUGUUGGGAAAGCUUGUUCAUCUUUCGCUUCUCUGAAAAGCGCAAAGUCUAGAAUCGAGGGAGGAAACCCUGAAGGUUGGGGUCAACUUAUUGAUAUUCGUGAGAAGCAUGAUCGCAUUGGUCUGGGAUAUGUGCCUUCCGCUGUGAAAGGAGCCCGAGUCCCUGCAAAGGAUAACACCCGAAGCAUCCAGGAAGUGUUCCUUAGCACAGGAUUCAUCCAUGGAUAUCAAGUCAAUGCAAUUGAAGAUAGCACCGCCAAUGAAGAUGAGCCAUGUUUGGUUUACCGGUGUGAGACAACUUUGAACAACUAG